AUGUCAUUUCCAACUAUCAAUCAUUUCCAGUCUCUUGGAGUGACUCCCACAACUUCCUUUGCUGAUAUAAAGCGAGCUUACAGAAAGCUCUCGUUGAAAUACCACCCAGAUAAGACACCUGACAAAGCCCAUCAUGAAAAAUUUAAGGAGAUCAAUGCCGCCUUUGAGGUGAUACGAAACCAUUAUGAAAAAUAUAAUAACACUACAGGUCCCCAAGUACCUACUAGCGCGCCCAAUACACCACCAACUUUUCAACCUUCGUAUACAACUUACGCACAUUUCUCAACAUCAGGUCCAGGGCAAACGUUCUCUAGUAGACAGUACUACAGUAGGUUUUCACAUAGUGGGCAUACUGCAUCCAAUGCAAGAAAUAGUGGUGGUAGUGAGGGUAAGUCUGGUACACAUUCAACCGAACAAGCAUACUUUCAAGCAUUCCACAAGUCACAAGAAGAGCAACGAAGGCAAGCUGCUGCUGCUGCUGAACGGGCGAAAAGGAGUAGAGAGCGAUUGGUAGAGAUGUUGAAGGCAGAGGCAGAAGCUAAACGAAAGGAGGAGUUGCGACGAGCUGAAGCUAGAAGAAAGGAGAUUGAGAGAAAGGAAGAAGAAAGGAAAAGAAUGGAGGCUGAAAUAAAAAAGAUGAAGGAAUCAAAACAGCGAGAGGCCGAAGAGCAAAGGAAGCAAAGGAAACAAAGGAAGCAACGAGAAGCGCAAGAAGCUGACACCGCAUACACGGGAAAGACCGCUGGCCAAAAUCAAAGUACAAAUGGAGCUUCUGAACCCCCCCUUGAUGACCCUAAUGAAGAUUAUAAUCCAUACGACCACCAACCACUGCAUUCAAAAAGCCAGCAAGAAAACAAAGAAUAUCAAGAAGCAAAACAAAGGCGACGAGAUAUGAUUGAUGCUGCAGAAACUGCCAACCAAUUUUUGAAAUCCCAAUUGAAUCCCAGCGAGGAGGACAAGUUUUAUCAAUCAAAAAAAAACCAACCUAAUGACUCAAAUGCAACAGAGGAACAGUAUAUGCCCACAAGCAAACGUCGCAAAAAUGGUGAUUCAAGUGGGGAGAAGAGGGCUAAGUUUAAAAAAGCACAAAUCAACCCAUUUACAUCAAACAAUGACAUACCCGAUAUUGAACCCAUAAUAAUAUCGGAUGGAUCGUAUCAUCUGGAUGAUGAUGAUGAUGAUGAUGAUGACGAAAUUACUAUAAUCAAGGAGACACCGCCUGGCAUGAAACUGAACCGUUCGUCAAAUGCAGUACCUAGAAGUGAUACUACUAAUACCCAGAAUGGCACUCAUCCUUUCACUGACGAGAAAGCUGAUGCUGAGUACGCCCCUGAAAAAUUAGAUGAAUACAUUCCAUUCAAUGUGAAACCAAAAGCUCCACCAAGGAGUAGUACUACCUUGCCAACAAGACCAGACAAGAAGAGCUCACCCAUUUCACCAGGCAAGCCAGCACCACCACAGACGACGUAUACGCGACAUCGAAUGGCAUCGCCGCACAAACGAUUUAAAAUCAGUACUAGUCACAACUCCUCAGCUUUCGAUAUGGGCAACUUGGAUAUCAAUGUAGGAGACAUCGAAGAGGUUGAUUUCCGAGAUUUGGAGGAUAGCCUCCCAGAAAGUCUGAAGAGAAAGCAACCAAACACAAACUCGGAGAAUAUUUCAGCAAACACCACAUCGAGGAGAACACGAUCGGCUCAGUUCACUGACGGUACGUCAAGUGCUGAGACUUUGGCAACGCCAUUGAAUAAAAAUACAGUUCGCGGUCAUUCAGCUGCCCGGUUCCACACUAGUGACGAAAGAUCAUCAGCUCGACGACUUAGUGUAUUGGAUUUCCAUGCGUCCCCCGAAGUUCACAAUUUUACACCGCCAAAUCCUCCCCCUCUUGAUCUUAGUCCGAAUAUAAGUCGUACAAAGUGGAAGCGAUUCGUCGAAUCAGUGGAGAAUUAUCAAAUGUUGUUUAUUGAAUACAAGGAGCUUAUAGUUCAGUAUCAGAUCGAAAGAACUCAAAGAGACUUUGCCUAUUUUGAAACAGUGAAUGAUUUACAGGAUACACACAACCUAGGCGUGUACAAUACCUGCUUGCAGCGAGACUUGGAAGUGAUUACUAAAUACCAAGAGGCUCUCCGUGUGUUUAGUCAUACUAUGACAUUGUUUCAACAAGGCUGUCAAUGGAUCAGGAAGAUCAAAGAACACGACCCCAACUGGGUUUGA